CACAAGCUAACUAUCUGGCUAGCUGCCCGGCUGAACGGUUGGUGUACGGGCUGCUUUAAAGUCUAAACGUAGAUUCGUUUGUGUUAAAAAGAUAAAUCAGAGGUGUGAGCGUUUAUAUUUAUGCAAAAGAAACCUAAUAUCGAGUCACAGUGUAGUGAAUCUUCAGUGUGGUGCUUCGAGUUAACAAAAAGUUGUUAAAAGUGCUCGGAAAAUCGAAACUGACGGAAUAGAAGCGACUCGUACGGAUUUGUCGGGCGUGUCGGGAUGUUUAUCGUGCUUUUAUUCAUGUCGGGCCACAUUUAGGUCGUCCAGAAACAGAAAUUUCUGCUUGGCCCCGCAUGACUCCGGAGUUCCCCUCUCUGGGCACAAAGAGAGCUGACGAUGAUGCAACAGCAGGCAACAGCCGGAGCUCUGCUGGUUUUCACCCGGAGCGCUUUUCCCUGCGCACAGCUGACUGGCUGCAUGGCAACGCGCCGACCAAUCAGAGCAGCGUCGCUAAUUGGCCUAACGGAAUAAUAAAGCGACCAAUUAUGAUGUCAGAGGUCCGCUGGUGUUCAGAUAGCCGGGUGGAGGCGGUGUGUGGGUGCAGCAGCCUCCUGAUGGAUGGAUUGAGGCUCUGCUGAGGUGAAGACUUUGAAUUUCUUCUUCCUGUCCCCGUUUCAUCUCUACACCUGAGGAGACUCAGAGAGCAGCACCUGCAGGCAGCACAUCCAAAUGAGCCGGCCGUCGCAGCCGAAACUAACCACAGCUGACCACAACGGCGUGAGCGUCAUCCAGAGUCAGGCCCACGCCGCCGCCUCUUCUUCGUCUCUGCCGGCAGGCGUAGCCGGACUGCAGCAGGUCCCCCAGCUCGUCCCCGCAAACCCUUCGGCCGGAGGCGGUAAGGCCCUCCCCCCCAGCAAGAUGAAGAAACCCCAAGCAGAUAAGGACAGUGAGGAGUACCGCCAGCGACGGGAACGCAACAACCUGGCGGUGAAGAAGAGCCGCAUGCGCAGCAAGCAGAAGGCGAUGGACACGCAGCAGCGUGUCAACGAGCUGAAGGAGGAGAACGAGCGGCUGGAAGCCAAGAUCAAACUGCUCAGCAAAGAGCUGAGCGUGCUCAAAGACCUCUUCCUGGAGCACGCCCACAACCUGGCUGACAACGUCCAGCCGCCUGCCGGCCCUGAGGGCUCCAGUCCCGCCCCCAACAACACCUCCACCAACGGGCAGUGAGGGGGCGGAGCCACAGGGACGUUUGCCCACUGCAGCUUUUCUGUCACUUCUCACUAUGGAAACAUGGCCUGACACCUUCGUCAUUGUCUCUCUGUGGUUUAUUAUUUCUCUUUUCUUCUAUUUAAUCCCUUCCCUGCGAACUGAGACGAUGUCCAAUCAGGAUUCACGCUGAGUGGAUCAGAGAAACUGAACCAGCAGGCGUCUGUAGGAACCACAACAAACACUUCCUGUGUUUUCUUCGUUUGAGACCCGUUCAGUCCCGAGUCCGCCGGGCUGGAUGCGGACUGACUCGGUGCAUCGAGACGAUGGCAGAUGUCAGCUCUUUAAUUCCUUUUUUAAGAUGUGUAUUUUCUUCUGUUGUUCUACAAAGAGUUUUUAAAAAAAUGUUUAAGGAACCCUGUUGAGAUUUUUAAGGUUGUCACUGUGUUCACUACGAAAUCUGAGUUUUACAGCCUGAGUCUUUCUGAGUACGAGUCACAAGAGGAAGCGUCAGUAGCGACAACGAAAACCCCACGUUUGAUUAGCUACUGUGCAGUUUGAACAAAGCUCUCAGAAAGACCCACAAACACAACGCAACAGCAGAGUUGUCCUGUCCAGAAUUGACCUUCACACCUUUAGUGUUUGUGUGUGACAGGGAGUCACUUCACUUCCUGGGUCAGAGGGCAGCAGCAGGUGGUCCGAUGGUGUUUUCACUGCAGACGCGACUCAGUGUUCUGUGGCUGACGGGAUAAUAACAGCUCUGCUUCUGCCACAAAUAUGACAGGAAGGCCCAGGCUGUGUUCAGAAAUUCAUACAAAAAUAAACAUCUGUGGAGUAACGUGUCAUCUUUGACCCUGCCCAGCUCCCCAAACCCUCACGUCCCGGUCCCGACAGGUGUGUUUGUGGUGCUGGGUGGACCCAGACGCCUCAGACAUAUCAGACGCUUGAGGCGAGCCGCAGCUUGAAUAAAUCCACUUUUAAGCUGCGCCGGGUCGUUAGCUGUCUGCUAAUGAGGUCGGAGCGUAUCGGGACAGGCUGCGGCCCCGCCCCGCCGCCCAGCUGUGGAGGAGGCGGGUCCACGGCCUGUUGUUGUCUGACUUUAUAAUUGUGUGAGCUUUGUAUGGGCGUGGAGUGUUUUUCACAGAAUCUUUCUGUCAGGAACUUCACCUCCCUGCAGGAAUGUUGUUGUCUGUCUGAGUCCUGCUGCUCCUGAGCCGCUCAGCUCAGCGUUCCCCCAGCGUUUCCUCGGUGUUCCCAUCAGGUUGUCACACAAACCUAAACCAGACCCUGCUGUAGUUACUGACUGGAUCCAGAACCUGGUUUCAUCUUGAGCUAGCGCGUGAAGCUCUGCUAUUGGCUGUGUCAGGGAAACGCGCCCUGGGAGUCGUAGUUGACUUGAUCUCAUUCAGUUUCUUGUGACUUUUUAGCAAAGAAUUUUUUAUGGUGAUUAAACAGGAAGUUAAAAAAUGUUUGAUCAUUCUUCAAUAUUCUCAAACUGUCAUUGUGAGUCUGACUGACUGAUUUUAAUAUUUGAGAGUUAACUCAGCUGAAGCUUGUUUUGAUUGACAUAAUGUUGUGGGAACGCUGUGCUAACAGUCGCUGGCUGAGCUGCACUGAACGCAGCCUCGUCUUUUUCACUUUUCUAUCAUUCAUUUUCUACACUUUUGUUCCAAACCGCAGCAUGUUAAUACAAGGUGUUUGCAUGGGGGAGGGGGACCGCGUCUCAUGUUAAAAUCAACGUUCUGACAGUAAGAGAACACGGAUUGGAUUCUGCUGUGAUGUGUUCUGUGUUCUGUGGAAGAACCUGAUGUGUUGGGGUGUUUGUCUCGUUUUGCUUCGGUUUGAAUGUUGCUGGGCAGCAUUUCUCUGUCCUCACUCUGCUUUUUUUAUAUCAGAGGAAUCUGGGCUACAAUGUGCAUUGUAAAUUAAAAUUGAGUAUAAAAGUUCA